ACGUGACGUGCUCCACCGGUUCAACUUCCUGUUUCCAGCUCUUUUCCUUAUUUUUGUUUUCUCUUACAGCUUAUCACUGACUGUAUUGCACCAGUUUGAGGUGUAUAAACAUAUUCUUAUUUUUCUCCGCUGAACGAAUCUCACUGUCAAGCUCGUUCGGAAACACACCGGUUAACCGAGGCUAUAUCUCGGUUGCUAAUGCUAGCUGUGACAGCUGCAGUGCGGAUGCUCCUUGAGGCUUUGCUUUUGACGAUUGGAUUGAGCUCUCCGGUGCGCUUCGCGUCGAUCAGGACCAUUUGUAGGUGUUCAGUUUCCCCCACUAGCGCUCAAGCACCAUGGCAGGUCUGCUUUCAGUGCAGUGUUUAGCCUCUUUGAGGACACCUGGGAGUCUAAUUCAUGCGAGAAGCGCUGCUUUGGGGAUUCAUACGCGACACUACAGCAGCAAAAAAUCCUCUUCGUCGGAGUAUUUGCACCAAAGCGUGGUGCCGUCGAUGCAUUACCAGAAGAGCCUCCCCAGACUACCCAUACCCAAACUGGAGGAUACAAUCAGGAGGUAUUUAGCUGCCCAGAAGCCUCUGUUGGGUGAUGACCAGUUCAGAGCAACAGAGAAACUUGCUCAGGAUUUCCAGAACGGUGUGGGGAAGCAGCUGCACGAAGAGCUGGUCGCUCAGGACAAAAACAACAAACACACAAGCUACAUCUCAGGGCCGUGGUUCGACAUGUAUCUCUCUGCACGCGACUCCGUGGUGCUCAACUUCAACCCCUUCAUGUCCUUCAAUCCCGACCCCAAGACGGAGUACAACGACCAGCUGUUGCGCGCGACCAACAUGGUGUGUUCAGCGGUGCGCUUCAUGAAAACCCUCCGGGCUGGUCUACUGGAGCCAGAGGUUUUCCACCUGAACCCGGCCAAAAGCGACACGGACGGAUUCAAGAACCUGAUCCGUUGGGUCCCGUCCUCCUUGUCUUGGUAUGGAGCCUACAUGGUGAAUGCCUACCCCCUGGACAUGUCGCAGUACUUUCGCCUCUUUAACUCAACUCGGAUUCCAAAGCGCGGCCGGGAUGAGCUCUUCACCGAUGAUAAGGGGCGACAUCUGCUAGUGAUGAGGAAAGGCAACAUGUACGUGUUUGACAUUGUAGACAGGGAUGGGAAUUUGGUGAAGCCUGCAGAGGUCCAGUCACACUUUAAGUACAUUUUGUCUGAUUCGACGCCAGCGCCCGAGUUCCCUCUGGGCGUCCUGACCAGUGAGAACAGAGACGUUUGGGCCGGGCUCAGGGAGAAGCUCCUCGCAGCUGGAAAUGCAGAGGAGUUGCGGGUCGUCGACAGCGCCCUUUUCUGUCUCUGUCUGGAUGAUGAGAGCAUGCGGGACCAUAUUCACAUCUCCCACAACAUGCUGCAUGGGGAUGGCUGCAACCGCUGGUACGACAAGUCCUUCACCAUCAUCCUCACUAAAGACGGACAGGCUGCUAUUAACUUCGAGCACUCCUGGGGCGACGGAGUAGCUGUGCUUCGCUUUCAGAACGAGGUCUUUAAAGACACAACGGAGCAGCCGCUGGUACACCCGGGUUCUGCUCCGGCCGCUGUGGAUUCAGCCUCCGCUGUGCGCAGGCUUCAGUUCAACCUGGACGGCGAGCUGAAGAACGGCAUCAAAAAAGCAAAGGAGAACUUCGACUCGGCCGUGUCGAAGCUCACCAUCGACGCCAUGGAGUUCAAGAAGGGCGGGAAGGAACAGUUGAAGAAGAGCAAGCUGAGUCCAGAUGCUGUCGCCCAGCUGGCUUUUCAGAUGGGCUUCCUGAGGCAGUACGGACAGACGGUAGCCACGUACGAGUCCUGCAGCACCGCAGCGUUCAAGCACGGCCGCACGGAGACCAUCCGCCCGGCCACGAUACACACCAAGCAGUGCUCGCACGCCUUUGUCUGCGAGCCAGGCAAACACAGUGCGACGGAGUUGCGGGCCAUGCUCAGUGAAUGCUCAAAAUAUCACGGGCAGCUCACCAAAGAAGCCGCUAUGGGUCAAGGUUUUGACCGUCACCUGUUCGCUCUGCGGUACCUGUCCAACUCAAAAGGCCAAGGUCUGCACAGCCUGUACGCGGAUCCAGCUUACGCCGCCAUCAACCACAACAUUUUGUCCACCAGCACCCUCACCAGCCCCGCCGUCAAUCUCGGCGGCUUCGCCCCGGUGGUGCCCGAUGGCUUCGGCGUGGGCUACGGCGUCCACGACAACUGGAUCGGCUGCAACGUGUCCAGUUAUCCAGCUCGCAACGUCCACGAGUUCCUGCAGUGUGUCCAAAAGUCUUUAGAGGACAUUUUCAGUGUCCUAGAAGGGAAGCCACUCAGCUAAGAAAUUAAAUUGAUCACCAAAGACAAAAAAAAAAAAAAAAAUGUAGUUUUACGCAACAGGGAACGUAAGCGCGGUUGUCAUUCAAAGCUUCUGGUUAUAUUAUUACAUUUAUGCACAAUGAAGACAGAGAUUAGUAAAAUAUUUCAUACGGCAUAGGAGGCUCUCGAGAAGAAUAACAGAAUCCCAGUAAUUAAAUAGAUCUUUUAGAAAUUAAACUGUGUGUUGCCUCAUUGUUAGUAAAUUAAACUUCAUCUGUUUACACAUGGGAAGAGCAACUGUUGGAGAACUAAAUCUCCAGUGUUGGUUAUUGACUUUGUAUUUAAUGACAAAGCUAUGUUAAACGCAAUAACUUUCUAUUUAAACUAAUUUAACCAGACAGUUCAUUGUGACAGCAGUGUAGUCCGUAGCUUGAUGGUAGGAUUAACUGUUGUAGGGUUAUAUUGUGCAACUGCAGCCAAGAUCAGCUAAGAGUGCUACUUGUCAUUAUUCAUUCAUAACUCUCUUUUGCAGUUGAUGUCAGGAGAGAGAUGCUGUGCCUUAUGAAAAAUCAUGUGAAGCUCAACAUUUACAGAAUACUCACUGUAUUUAAAUUGUCAUUAUUGAUUACAGUUUUGUUGGGAUUGAUUGUAUUUUGAAGUAAAACUUAAUUUAAUUAA